AUGUGCACAAGUGUUGAUUAUUUUACUCAUAGUUAUUUGACAACGACCGGUCAAUCACUUUCAGACGAACAAUCAUGUUAUAGUGGACAUACAUCCCGAAGAAGUAGUAGAACAAAUAGUCAAAGCUCGUCAAUUUCAACAUCAACACUACCAUUAUCACAAUCGUUGUUGUCCUUAGUCGAACAGAAUAACAACAAUACAUUCAUAAAAAGAAUUAAAAAUUUAUUUUCAACGAAAUCAAAAGUAAACAAAUUAAUUCAUCUAGAAGAUGAAAAAAUUUCAGAUUGUGAUAGUAACAUUAGUCAAUCAACAACGAACAAUACUGAUGUUGUACCAUCAAAUGAUCACAACAAUAUAUCUGUUACUACAAAUGACGAUGUUAAUGAUACAAUUAUGUUAAAGAAAAAAAGACGUAGUGAUAAUAAUUCAUUAACAAUAUUAAAUAAUGAACAAGAAAAUGAUUUUUAUGAUUAUGAAUCAUUGUUAAAACGUGCAUUAAAUCAAUUAGAAAUUGAUCGUCCAGAAUUUCUUUUACGUCAACGUCAACGUAUUGUAUUACCGUGUGCUCAAUUAUUAAUUGGACAAAGUCGAACGAUUGUUUCAAAUUGGACAUCAUAUCAAAAAUUAUGUAAAUUAAUUAAUCGUGAUAUUAAAUAUUUUCAACAAUAUUUAGAAGAAUUAUAUGAAUGUCAAACAUCUUUAAAUAAAAAUCAACAGUUAAUAUUGAAUACAAGAACAAAUACACAACAAAUGAAUAAAGCAUUGAAUAAAUUUUUAAAUGAAUAUGUUAUGUGUAAAACGUGUCGAUCAGUCAAUACAAAUUUAUUAAAAAAAAAUCGUUUAUGGAUGGUCGAAUGUCAAUUAUGCGGAAGUCAAACAACAGUGAAAAAAUUACAAUGGAAGAAAAUGUAA